AUGUCUGACGGGGGGGAGGAAAGCGACGGCGGCGGGAGAGCACAUCUGUCGGAGUCUCCCUCGCCGCCUCUCUCUGUCAGUCUUCCCCGAGGAUCUCCUUCCACUUCGCGGCCCUUGGACUUGUUCUCCUCAGCCUCUCCACUGCUUGGGGAAUCGGACCCGCCUUUUCUCGCCUCCUCAGAGUGUCUGCACCCGUCUCCGGGGACCGGGGAACUCGAGGGCUCCCCGCAUUUCACCCCGCCAAAGUUCCGCAAGCGUGCCGUGGACUCCGGGUGUAUCUCUCGCUCGCGGCCGGAUGUGAGGAUAGAUGUCGGACAUGAACAGCACGAUGACCCGCUUCCCACAUGGAGGGGACGCGGCGCGGAGAGCACCGAGCGCCUUCAGCACCGUGGACAGAGGCUGUACAGGGCUCCGGAGAUCUCCGAGUACGGGAACCACUUCUCUGCUGAGCACAUAGAGACCGAGUUCAGCUCAGACAGCCGGCAAUCAGUGGAAGCCAUGCAUCGCCGGCACACAACACUGAGGGAAAAGGGGCGUCGCCAGGCUGUUCGGGGUCCAGCCUACAUGUUUAAUGAGCGCGGCUCUGCUCUCACUGCAGAGGAGGAACGUUUUCUGGAUGCUGCAGAGUAUGGCAACAUUCCUGUGGUGCGCAAAAUGCUAGAAGAGUCCAAAACACUGAACUUUAACUGUGUGGACUACAUGGGCCAGAAUGCUCUACAACUGGCAGUGGGCAAUGAACACCUGGAAGUGACAGAGCUGUUGCUGAAAAAAGAUGGCCUGGCUCGGAUCGGGGACGGCCUGCUCCUGGCCAUCUCCAAAGGCUAUGUCAGAAUAGUCGAGGCCAUUCUCGGCCAUCCUGCUUUUGGUGGAGGUCUCCGUUUGGCUCUGAGCCCUCUGGAGCAAGAGAUGAGAGAUGAUGACUUUUAUGCAUACGACGAGGAUGGAACACGUUUUUCCCAUGACAUCACACCCAUCAUUCUGGCAGCUCAUUGCCAGGAGUAUGAGAUUGUUCACAUCCUUUUGACGAAGGGGGCCCGCAUAGAAAGGCCUCAUGACUAUUUUUGUAAAUGCUUAGAAUGUGUGGAGAAGCAGAAGAAGGACUCCUUCAGUCACUCACGGUCAAGGAUGAAUGCGUACAAGGGCCUGGCCAGUGCAGCCUACCUGUCGCUCAGCAGUGAGGACCCUGUGCUCACAGCCCUUGAGCUCAGCAACGAACUGGCAAGGCUCGCCAACAUUGAAACAGAGUUUAAGAAUGACUACCGAAAGUUGUCCAUGCAGUGCAAAGACUUUGUAGUGGGUGUGUUGGACCUUUGUCGAGACACCGAAGAAGUUGAGGCCAUUUUGAAUGGAGAUGUGGACCAAUGCCCACCAAGUCCCUACAACCGGCCCUGCCUCAGUCGCGUCAAGCUGGCCAUCAAAUACGAAGUCAAAAAGUUUGUUGCACAUCCCAACUGCCAGCAGCAGCUGCUGACUAUUUGGUACGAGAACCUGCCGGGCCUGAGGCAGCAGUCCAUCGGCGUGAAGUGCUGGACAGUCCUGGGGGUAACUGUAGGUCUCCCCUUCCUGGCUAUUGCCUACUGGAUAAUGCCAUGCAGCAAGCUUGGUCAGAUUCUACGCAGUCCCUUCAUGAAGUUUGUGGCUCACGCCGUCUCCUUCACCCUCUUCCUCGGCUUGUUGAUCGUCAAUGCUUCAGACCGCUUUGAGGGUGUGAAGAACCUGCCCAACGAGACCAUCACUGACCACCCCCGACAGGUUUUCAGGGUCAAAACCACACAGUUCUCGUGGACAGAGAUGCUGAUCAUGAAGUGGGUGUUGGGCAUGAUUUGGUCAGAAUGUAAGGAGAUUUGGAGCGAUGGGCCCAGGGAGUACAUCAUGCACCUUUGGAAUGUUCUGGACUUUGGCAUGUUGUCCAUCUUUGUGGCGUCCUUCACGGCACGUCUCAUGGCGUUCCUGAAGGCAUCAAAAGCCCAGCAGUAUGUGGACAUGCAUGUGCCAGAUGAAGACCUCAGCAAUGCCUCACUGCCUGAUGAAGUGGCUUACUUCACCUACGCCAGGAACAAGUGGCGCCCCUCUGACCCUCAGAUCAUCUCAGAGGGUUUGUACGCGAUUGCCGUGGUGCUGAGCUUCUCACGCAUCGCCUACAUCUUGCCAGCCAAUGAGAGCUUCGGCCCGCUGCAGAUCUCUUUGGGACGGACGGUCAAAGACAUCUUCAAGUUUAUGGUCAUCUUCAUCAUGGUGUUUGUGGCCUUCAUGAUUGGGAUGUUCAACCUCUACUCAUACUACCUUGGGGCCAAAUACAAUCCAGCUUUCACCACGGUGGAGGAGAGCUUCAAGACUCUGUUCUGGUCUAUCUUUGGGCUGUCUGAAGUGAUCUCUGUGGUGCUGAAAUACGACCACAAGUUCAUAGAGAACAUCGGCUAUGUGCUUUACGGAGUCUAUAACGUCACCAUGGUGGUGGUUCUCCUCAACAUGCUCAUUGCCAUGAUCAACAGCUCGUACCAGGAGAUUGAGGAGGAUGCAGACGUGGAGUGGAAGUUUGCCCGCGCCAAGCUGUGGCUGUCCUACUUUGACGAGGGUCGGACCCUGCCUGCCCCGUUUAAUUUGGUUCCCAGCCCCAAAUCCUUCUACUACUUGGUCCUUCGCAUCAAGUCUUGCCUGAUACGCCUCUGCAAAGCCAAUGGCCGCCGCCACAACAAUGAGGUGGAGAUGGGCAUGCUCCACACACAGACCAAGGAUGAACGGUUUAGGUCUUACGCGCGAUCAGGAGAGGAGUUCAUCCAGAGAAAAGCUCGAAAACACCCGACCAGAUAUCAGAAGAUCAUGAAGCGGCUCAUUAAACGUUAUGUGCUGAAAGCUCAAGUGGACAAAGAAAGCGAUGAAGUGAAUGAGGGCGAGCUGAAGGAGAUCAAGCAAGACAUUUCCAGCCUCCGCUAUGAGCUGCUGGAGGAGAAGUCCCAGGCCGCUGGGGAGCUGGCUCUGCUCAUCCAGGAACUUGGCGACAAGUUUGGCAAAAACACCAUGAGACACUGACAGGCCUUGCACAACGGGGAGGGAGGAAGGAGGAGAAGGUUUGGCGUAGAAAGCAGAUUCGGGCCAGGUAGUUCAUGACCUCAGUGGGAAGACAAGAGACAAUGGAGAGGCAGGAUGUUUAUGUGAAUGGACAGGAUGAACGAAGAAUAGUUAACAGCUUAAAAUAUCGAAACUGUGCCGAGUUAAAAUGAGCUAGCUUUAGAUAAAAACCCAAGUGCUUUCAACGCAAAAUGACCAAUUAGAGAAGACUUAUAAAACCGCAACUGAACGUGAGGUUAGGAAAAUAAACUCACUUGGAAGGACUUUGUGUUGUCAGCUCAAUUCUAAUUAAAGGGAAAGAUAGAGAUGAGUAAGAAGGGGAAGACAAGUGUGAGGAGAUAUGAAGAGACACCAUGGGCAUCAACAGCGAUGCAGUGCAGCAAUGAGGGCCCCACACCCACUGCCAGAAGAUAUCAGUGUGUCAGCUUAUCACCAAUUUAGAAGAGAGAGGUGAAACUCAGCCAUGGGAAGACACUGGAACAGCAAGAGGAAACUCCAAGUGCUACUCACAGCAGAGACGCCUGCUACGUUCCAUAUUUUUAAUUUGUCAGAUGAAGUGCUCCUGCUGGUUGAGAUAAUGCACACACCUUCAUACACAAGGCUAUCUAAUUAAUGCAGAUCUAAUUCACAACCUGUGAUACAAGUCGGAGGCAGUAAAGUGGAUUCAUUGCACUGAUGUUCAACUCUUUACAGAAAUAGUUUGAAAAGUAAGAUGUUGUCUUUGUGUCUCUUAGAAAGAAAUGAAUGGAAGGUCCCAAACACAACCAGUUAAUUAAGUGAUAAAUGCACUAGGUCAGCAUGAAAAGAUAGUAUGGUUAUUUCAACUCAGCUGUAGACAUUUUGCAAAUAAAAGAAAAUGUGCAUCUCUUAUGCACCCUGGAAAAUAGGAAUUGAACAACGUCAA